GCAGUCCUUCCAAGCAUGCGUGAGCGGAGGGCCGGCAUCAUCAUAAAUAUCGCCGCUCGAGCUGCGACAGUCGACUUCCCUUUCGGCAUCGGCUACAAUUCCAGCAAAAGCCGCCGUAGCACGAGCAACGUCAACGCUCCAGGAAGAAAUCGAUUUCGACGGCUUAAGUGAAACGGUUUACCUGUUUGCUUUGCAUCCUGGCGAAGUAUAUACGGCAAUGGGAGCCGCCGAGCCGCGUCCGGAAUUACUUGAGCGAUACCCGCAACUAUCACGGCACGGCACAGAUUUCAAGGACCUAUUCAAAUAUCCUCCAGAGUUGUGUGGUGCAACGUGCGUGUACCUAGCUACAGGCAAGGCUAAGGAGAUGAGAGGCAUGUAUUUCGACUGCAGAGAAGACAUUGAGCUUGUCUGCGCUGUUGGACACGACGAUCUGCAGAAGGACUUUUUGUAUGCGUUGAAAGUCGACUUUGUUGACGGCUACAAGAUUGAGCCA